UACGGUUAUAAAGGCUUGAGGCGCUCGGCGCGUGCAGACAACCUGAGGAGAAAAAGCAACCGAGCGGAGAAACUUCUUCAUUACGAAGAGCUUGGACAUCACCACUGUUAUGAUGGAGCGCUCCAAACUGGGUCAAAGAGAAAGCGAAGCCUCAUCCAGCAACGAAACUGCCCUGAACGGACUUUUGGAUGGGAUGGAGAAGAUCCCCAAGUGGAACGGAGCGCCGAAAGAGAUGCCCAAAGGUGAGAAACCCACCAGCAAGAGCAUCACCCGUGCACCAUGUCCGUCUGUGAUGGAGAGCUGGAGGGAAGAGCGCACCCGGAGCGUGGAGGAUAACGAGAUGAGCCUGCCGAGUAUCAUCGCCGCUUACACCACCAUCCUCCGGGGUCUGGGAGAAGAUCCGGAGAGACAAGGCUUGCUGAAGACGCCUUACCGGGCGGCCACGGCCAUGCAGUUCUUCACCAAGGGCUAUCAGGAAAAAAUCGUAGAUGUUCUGAACGAUGCCAUUUUCGAUGAAGACCACGAUGAGAUGGUGAUCGUGAAGGACAUUGACAUGUUCUCCAUGUGUGAGCAUCACCUUGUCCCCAUCUUCGGCAAAGUCCACAUAGGCUACCUACCGAAUAAGAGGGUGCUCGGCCUCAGCAAACUGGCAAGGAUCGUCGAGAUCUAUAGCAGAAGAUUGCAAGUUCAGGAACGUCUCACCAAACAGAUCGCCGUCGCCAUCACUGAAGCUCUACAGCCCGCCGGAGUCGGAGUGGUCGUCGAGGCAACUCACAUGUGCAUGGUGAUGCGAGGUGUGCAGAAGAUGAACAGUAAAACGGUGACAAGCACCAUGCUGGGAGUUUUCCGCGAGGACCCCAAAACCAGAGACGAGUUCCUCACCUUGAUCCGGAGCUGAGCCGAGCCAUGUGUUUAGAACAGACGUCCUUCUUCAUCUCGACACGUCCAUCCCUCACCAUCAUGUUAUUUCUACAUUGGCCUCUAAGUGAGGCUGUGCUGCUGUCGAGUGUGUUCUCCCAGUGCUUGCCUUUGCAGAGGCAGAUACAGGAGAUAACUCUGUUAAACCAUCCCUCCUAGUGUUUUUAUGUGUGUGUGUGUGUGUGUGUGUGUAGGUAUUUUGAGUGGUUUUUCAUGGUUUUCAAAUCAUUUAUAGGUCCAUGAAUUCAAAUUCUGUUAUAGCCAACAGUUUUUUAUUGUCGUAUCAUGUUUAGAUAAACUAGAUAAAACCUUUUAACCACUUGUAUUUAUUCACUUAGCAUAUACAUUUAUCCAGAACCACUUCUUCAAUCUAGUCCAAGCGCCGAAAUGAACCAAUGAGUAUGGAAUAUAAAUGUCACCCAACAUCCCAACACCGACUUCCUUACAGUCCAGAGCUACCACUGCCGUAUUUAUAUCCACAAAUUUGUGAUCUGACCAGCAAUACAUAACUUCAUUUUCUGGGGGAAAAAGUGAAUUGAGUAGAAUUGAUCAGUCAUUUUAGAAAAAGAAUGUGUUGUUGCAAGUAACCCUGAAAUACCUAAAACAUUAUGGUGAUUGAUAGAAAUUGAUAGAAGAGAUUCUGAUUGGUUUAAACUGAUAGAAGAGAUUCUGAUUGGUUUAAACUGAUAGAAGAGAUUCUGAUUGGUUUAAACUGAUAGAAGAGAUUCUGAUUGGUUUAAACUGAUAGAAGAGAUUCUGAUUGGUUUAAACUGAUAGAAGAGAUUCUGAUUGGUUUAAACUGAUAGAAGAGAUUCUGAUUGGUUUAAACUGAUAGAUAGAGGAGAUUCUGAUUGGUUUAAACUGAUAGAUAGAGGAGAUUCUGAUUGGUUUAAACUGAUAGAAGAGAUUCUGAUUGGUUUAAACUGAUAGAUAGAGGAGGUUCUGAUUGGUUUAAACUGAUAGAUAGAGGAGAUUCUGAUUGGUUUAAACUGAUAGAUAGAGGAGAUUCUGAUUGGUUUAAACUGAUAGAUAGAGGAGAUUCUGAUUGGUUUAAACUGAUAGAAGAGAUUCUGAUUGGUUUAAACUGAUAGAUAGAGGAGGUUCUGAUUGGUUUAAACUGAUAGAUAGAGGAGAUUCUGAUUGGUUUAAACUGAUAGAUAGAGGAGAUUCUGAUUGGUUUAAACUGAUAGAUAGAGGAGAUUCUGAUUGGUUUAAACUGAUCGAAGAGAUUCUGAUUGGUUUAAACUGAUAGAGAUAAGAGAUUCUGAUUGGUUUAAACCAAAGAGAUAAGAGAUUCUGAUUGGUUUAAACCAAAGAGAUAAGAGAUUCUGAUUGGUUUAAACCAAAGAGAUAAGAGAUUCUGAUUGGUUUUAAAUGAUAGAUAGAGGAGGUUCUGAUUGGUUUAAAUUGAUAGAAGAAAUUCUGAUUGGUUUAAACUGAUAGAGAUAAGAGAUUCUGAUUGGUUUUAAAUGAUAGAUAGAGGAGGUUCUGAUUGGUUUAAAUUGACAGAAGAAAUUCUGAUUGGUUUAAACUGAUAGAGAUAAGAGAUUCUGAUUGGUUUAAACCAAAGAGAUAAGAUAUUCUGAUUGGUUUUAAAUGAUCGAUAGAGGAGGUUCUGAUUGGUUUAAAUUGAUAGAAGAGAUUCUGAUUGGUUUAAACCAAUAGCCUGAAAAAAUAAAUGGAAUUUAAUCAGGACAUGAAAAUUGUUUCUGCAAUUCAACCAUUUUCAGUUUCCUUUGUAAUACCAGGUCAGCGUAUCCGAACCGUGCUGUAAUUUCUGUCACGUACCCAUGUGUGAGGUGUGUAAGUUCGAUCAUCACCCAGUCUGUAUUAACUCUGUACUCUGUAACUGAUGACCCACACCACUGAUGAACCACACAGCACCAUGUUGUGUACUGUGUGUGUAAUAGUGUUACUUGAGCCUUCUACACAUGCUGUAUCGAAGGCCAUCAGUGGUCAUCCUGCCUCUAAUAGGACAACCUUUUUUCUCUCUCUACUGAGUAAGGACCAAAGUUUGAAGUUGUAGCUGAGAUCUAAAAACAAUCCCAGCUUUGAUGACUAUGUUAAGAAAUGUGAGCGUCCACAUCACAGCACCAGUGAUCCAAGAGAAUAUAGAUGGAAACCAUAGGCUCAGAGAAAACCGAUUACUACUCGGAUAUUUCUAGAGAUACAAAACAUUUGUAACAUAAAAAUAAAUGACAUACUCAUCAGGACACAUCGGGUUCAGACCAUAUAUUAGAGCAGUUUUAUUUGGAAUCCACCAAACCACCUACAGGUUGUGUUUUUGUGUUUGAAAGAUAUAUUCUGAAGAAUGGAUAUGUAAUGGUUGAUGUAUAUAUAUGUGUGUGUGUUUUAUGUAAAUGUGAGAAAGCGAGCACUUAACAUGAGCGCUCCAGUACUGUUCACGUGGCCUUCUUCACCGGGACUCAGCCAGUCCUGUAUAC